CUCUUCUAUGGAUGGUGUACGAAAAGUACAAAUAGGAGUCAACCGAAGUCUUCAUCUUUACUUUUCCAGCCUGAGGGAGUGGUCACCUCGUGUUGGCCCUAACUGUUCAUCAAAUGGAAUGACAGCAGCAUGGUGAGCAGCUACACCAACAGCACAGGAUGAGAAGAAGGAGGAAGUACUGAUCUGAAAGCCAGAAGUCAGAACAAACCAUCAGACCCCCAUCUCUCCUGGUCAUCCAGCUUUGGAAAGCAGCCAUCUCCCAGCAAAGAAGUCUGAUGACAGAGUAAAUGGAGAGAAAUAUGAAAACCCCUCUGCUGCUUCUUCUCCUUGUUCUGCUUCAUGUCACCACCAUCAAAAUGGGGCAUUGUCCCAGCCUCCCGGAUAAAAGUCUCACCUGCUCCAACGACUACGAUAGUGUCAUCACUUGUGUGUGGAAGAGCACAUAUGUGUCUGACCGUGCAGACACUGUGUGCACAAUAUACGCCGAAAGGGUGCAUCUUUUCAAUAGAUACAAGGGUUCCUGUAAACUGAAGCCUGUUGACGUCUCCAGACCAACAAUACAGAGGUGCUCGGUGGACUUCGAAAGAGAGGCAAGGUUUCAGUCCACCCAUAUGUUGACCAUUAAUGUGAGCUGUAACCACAUGCAAAAUGUGAGCAUUUCCUACCGGCCGAUUUGUCACAUAAAGCUGAAACCUCCGCCAAAACCAGAAAUCAACUUCACCACCUUUUCCUGGGUCGCUCAAGUUACCAGGCCAAGAAUCCCAAUGUACAAAACCCAACUGCUGUGGAAGCAAGAAGAUCAAUCAUGGAGUGAUCCCUCUUUAAAGGACAGAGAAAUAAACAAGACAUGUCAACGGCACUGCACAGCUGAGAUAGGUAAAGAUCUGCUGAUAAUAGGCGAGAAAUAUGAGGCACGGGUUCGAGUGAAAACUGCAGAGGAUGGUGAAUAUUUUUCAACCUGGAGUGACUGGAGCCCCACGGCAUCAUGGGUGUCACACACUGGAGAACCAAAACCAACACCUCCCCCAUCAGAUGUUGCUCAGGGUGUUCUGGGCACAGUUGCAUGCGUGGUAGCGUUGGUCUUGUUGCUCAUACUCUUCAGGACUGACAAAACCACCUGGAUUUACAUAGCAAAGAAAAUCAGAGGUCCGCCCCUACCGAACCCAGGAAAAUCUUUCCUGCAGGGUAUAAAUUUCCAGAACAGCCCUCACUUCACCAGUGACUCCUUUCGAUCUUUCUUGAGACCGGUGGAAAUCACCUCUGUGGAGGUAACCUCCACUGUGGAUGCUGUUGCACCCAGCGGGCAAGAGGCGGCGCUGCGAGAGAAGAUGAGAAGCGAGAGCAGCUAUGAGACGACCAGUUCCAACUUCUCCAACCCCAGUUACUCUAAGCUGCCUCCUCCUCCUCCUCUUCCUCCUGUCUCCUUGCUCACUGCAGGGAAUCUGGAGGCCUGUGGCGUCGAUACACCUUAUGGACCGGUUGGUUGUCAGGGUGAAGCAAAAAGCGCAGAACAGGAUAGGGAUGAUGUAAGAGGGAAAGAAGUGGAGAUCCUACGACUGCCCUUCAAAUGCAGCAACAACAGUGAGCCUAUGUUGCUAAUUUCAGACUAUGAGAAGGUUGAGAAGCCCCAGGUUGAGCGCCUCCGGCUGCAGAGUCUAGAUUCAGGUGUGUGCAGUGGUGAGGAGGUCAGUCAAGAGAGCCUGGAGGCAGAUAGCAUCAAUGUGACUGAUUGCCAUGAUGAGGUUCCUGGAGGCAAGGUGGAAAGGGAGGGAGGGAAUGGAGAAGAAGUACAUUUUCAGAAGCUGUUCAAAGUUUUGCUUGACAAAGGGUCUAUGCAGGUUUGCUCUGGUUACGAGCAAGUCCAGAAGCUGCAGGUUGAUGCCGCUGAGCUCCCUAGCCUGGAUUCAGGCAUUAGCAGCGGGGGCGAGGAGCAGCUGAGUCAGGAGGAGAGCCUGGAGGACGUUGAUAAGUCCACUGAAUCCACUAGCCUCCUGUUUCCUCCUCCUUCUCCUCCUCCUCCCAGUGCAUUGGCAUGCUCCUCGCCCACUUUCACACCAUUGGUGUUGAACUUCUCCGAGGCAGGUUUCAGUCCGGUUCUGCCACCUCUUCCAUGUCUAAUACUGGAGAGGAUUGCACUGAUGUCAGCUAACAGGCCAGUGGAGCCCUCUGGUGACGGAUACAUGCCAGUAAGACAAGAACAGAGCUAAAAAACCAGCAGAAACAAAUGAUAAACAGUCAAGGCCAGACAGUAUAGUAUGUAGCAUGUGCAGGAUUCAUGACAGCCUGAUAGAGUCAGUUCACAUAUUUUUUUCUCAGUAGUGUGUAAUAUCAUAUGGACAUUUUUUCAAUGCUCCCAAAGACGGGUUGAUUUUAAUGAAUGUAUUUUUUCUACACGGCCUUAUUAUAUAUAUUUAUAACAAUUAUUUAUCUUGUAACAUGAAACAUUUAUCUGUGCAGUCAGUUUUUUUCAGUGACGAACCAGGAAAUAAAAACCAAACAAAAGAUGACAUCAUGAAACAGAACCAAAAAGAAAAAGCCAAGAGGCCUACAUCUAGUCUUACUGUUUCCAUCUACGUUUUUUAUACUAAAAAAUAGAAAAAAUAUAUAUAUAUUUUUUGCUAAUUGUGCCAUUCUCCAGGGAGAAAUAUGUAAUAGGCAAUGUCUACCUGUGUUUUGCUUAAAGGAUUUUUAUGUUGCCGUGUUACCGGUGAUACAGUGUGCCAAAUAUCUUGAUGGGUUGUCCAGUACUUCAGCUCUGGAGACAUUUUUCACGUGUUUAACGUGUUUAAAGUUCCUGUGUCCAUCCCUGCUCUUAAAUAAACAUCCGUGCACGCUGCAUCAGUGGGGUCGGAGGCCAGUCUCACCAAUGCCUAUAGAAAUAAGAGGAGUGUAUCAGAUAUUGAAUUUACCCUUUACUUAACUGUAAAGGGUACUGUCACUUUUCUCAAAUGUUUGGGAUUUGUUGUUGUUAUGUUAUCUUAGACCACUGCAGCCUGGCUGCAUUAUAUUUGUCCUUGAAGGUGAUAAAUGCAUUUCCUACCUCACGAAGCAUUUGCAAAUCAUUUCUCUCAUUUACACCAGCUUGCAGUCUUUUUCUUCUCCUGUUUUGUUGGUGCAUCAACUCUUCGUGCACUCUCCAGUCAACAGACAUGUUUAUGCAGUCUCUCCUGUUCUCAUGUGUGUUCUCCACUGGCGAGAUAGGACAAUACAGUGACGCGCUCAUCAAAACAUUCCUCUCUAGGAAUCACAUCAUCAGUCAUAUGUAAAGUAAAUUGAAACUGUACUGACCUCUAUUUGUAUGGCAGCUCUAUUAAGAAAGACAGACAGUCAAUAUGAAUAAGUUGUUGAAAAUCUAUGCUAUCACUUAUCUAAUCUUGUUAUUUUAAUUACUCAUCGUUUGAUUCAACUUUUGAUGGUUUUAUAUUUUGUUGUGUUAUGAUUAUUCAUAGAAAUAGAUGUUUAAAAGGGAAAAAGGGAUAAACAAUCACCGCUCUGUGGUCAUGUCACUGGUUUUGUUGUUGUUUUCUCUGUACGCUGUAUACAAUGAUGUGAUAACUAUGAUGUUUUCUACGAAGUAAAAGUGGUGAAAUUUCUAUUGAAAUAAAUGUGAGUGUUUUGGGGCAUAG